AUGCAUUUUAAGGGAUAUAUACCCCUACCUAACUCUUCUGACUCAUCACAACCCGACAAAGAGUCCCCACUUCCGAUGCACAAACACUCUAUUGCCUCCCUCAACAGUGUUUUGGAAACCAAGCCCUUGUCCCAUGACACCCACGGCAACUUUGUUGAAGCAGCCACAAAGAGAAGAGUGCUUCUACGCGGGAUCAAUCUUGACUCUUCUUCAAAAAUGCCCCAGAACCCCUUGCAGUACUCUUAUUCCAAGCCUAAUAAGUGUGGUUUCUGGCAGGAGGCAGAUCGUGUUUCCUUUGUUGGAAAGCCAUUUCCACUGGAAGAAGCUUAUGAACACCUGACGCGUAUAAAACUUUGGGGCUAUAACACGAUCCGUUACAUUGUCACUUGGGAAGCAAUUGAACAUGAAGGCCCAGGAAUUUAUGAUACCGAUUAUAUUGACUACACUAUAGAGCUGCUGCGCAAGAUCGAUGAAAUUGGCGGUCUCUACGUGUUCAUCGAUCCGCACCAAGAUGUUUGGUCCAGGUUCACUGGCGGCAGCGGUGCUCCACUAUGGACUCUGUAUGCUGCCGGGCUUGAACCUCGCAAUUUCCCUACUACUGAAGCCUCCCUCAUACACAAUUUCGCUGCUGAUCCACAAAAUUACCAAAAAAUGGUUUGGGCGACAAACUAUUUCAGGAUGGCAACCCAAGUCAUGUUUACGCUCUUUUUUGCCGGUUCUAUGUUCGCUCCCAAAGCCAUUAUCAACGGCAUGAACAUUCAGGACUUUCUGCAAUCCCAUUUUUUGGACUCUAUCUCUUUCCUAUUAACCUCAAUCAAGCAAAAAGCACCAGAGCUUCUGAACAAGACGUUACUUGGAGUAGAGUCGUUAAACGAGCCAAACUCUGGCUAUUAUGGGUAUCCCGAUCUUGAGAAAUACCCCCCAUCCCAGGAAUUAAGGCUAGGAACGUGUCCAAAGCCAAUAGAGGGUAUGAGGCUUGGAAUGGGGUUGCCGCAAGAAGUCGAUGUCUAUUCGCUCUCUGUGUUUGGGCCCCGCAAAAAUGGCACCAAGCUUAUUGACCCGAACGGAGUCAAGGCAUGGGUCAGUGACGAUCAAAUGGACAAGCAUUAUGGUUUUCAAAGAAGUCCAGGCUGGAAGCUUGGGGAGUGUAUUUUUGCGCAACACAAUGUAUGGGAUCCUCGAUCAGGCCAAGCUCUCAUUCCUAACUAUUUCAGCACAGACCCAAAUACAGGCGAGACCUUAGAUGAUCAGACGUUCAUCAAUACCCUUUUUGUUGAUUUUUGGGCGAAAUGGAAGAGCAUGGUGAGGAAAGUCGAUGGUGAGUUGUACGUGAUAAUGCAGCAUCCUGUCAUGGCAAUUCCUCCGGCUGUGAAAGGAACACCUCAUAUUGAUAACAGAACAGCAGUUGCACAGCAUUACUAUGAUGGAAUGUCGCUUAUGUUCCAGACAUGGAACAGGAAAUACAACGUGGAUACAUUGGGUAUUUUACGGGGCAAAUACGUUAAUCCUGUUUUCGGGCUGGUUUUUGGUGAGAAAAACAUUCGCAAAUCGCUUAGGAAUCAAUUUGCCCAGCUCAAGCGAGAGGCAAAUGAAGCAGUUGGGCCAAGUGUGCCGGUGAUAGUCACAGAAACUGGGAUGCCUUUUGAUAUGGAUUGCAAGAAAGCGUAUUCCGAUGGAGAUUACAGCUCUCAGGAAAGUGCAAACGAUGCACUACAGUCCGCGCUUGAACACACAAACCUCAACAGUACCUAUUGGUGCUAUAACUCGCGCAAUUGUCACAAAUGGGGAGACAACUGGAAUUUGGAGGAUUUUUCGCUGUAUUCCAAGGACGACGUGGAUGACAAAAAAAAUGAAUAUUGGAUGCGGGCUGGAACAUAUGGUACCGCAACAAUUGGCACUUAUCUAGAGUGGAUAACAAAUUCUUCAUCCAGUCUGGAUACCACAUCUAAAAAAUCAGAAGCUGACGAGGAAGAGAUCGAGCUUGAAAACAAGGUCAUCUCGCUAAUGAAUGGAACUCGUGCUGCGGCCGCUGUUGUGCGGCCGUAUGGUGUUCUGGUGAAUGGAACAGUGGUAUUCAGCGAGUUUGACCUCAAAAAGGUCACAUUUGUGAUGGAAAUAAAUACCCGAGUCCAAUCGCACAAAAAGGCCCCGACAGUGAUAUACUUACCAGAACUUCAUUUUCCGCCAGGCCAGUUUGAAGUUAGGGUUACCAACGGCACAACUUCUUAUCGCCAUAACAAGUUUGUCCAGCUUAUAGAGUGGGAGCACGACGUACAGAUUGGAAAUAUACGAAUCGAGGUGAGCAGCUACGCCGGCCAAGAGGAUUACGAUUACAAUGAAAAGGGCACUUUAAAAGCCCUUGCCUGCGGGUACUUAUGA